UCGCGCUUAUAUACGUGACGCCGUACUCUCGCGAGAUGAGACUUGUGACGUAGGGACUAGCUGUCUGGCGCUUGCGGGAAGUUCAAGCGAGCGCUCUGUGACUGUCCCGCGAAAAGUGGAAGUGUUGGGCGACAUGUCAGACUCCGGAAGUUUCGCUGCAUCUCGUUCACGGCGGGAAAAAACAGAAAAGUCGGGCCGCAAGGAAGCUUUGGAACGCUUGAAAAGAGCAAAGGCUGGUGAAAAAGUCAAAUAUGAGGUGGAGCAAGUGUCCAGCAUUUAUGAAGAGGUUGAUGAAGCAGAAUACUCUAAGCUUGUCCGUGACCGUCAGGAUGAUGAUUGGAUAGUAGAUGAUGAUGGGACUGGCUACGUAGAAGAUGGAAGAGAGAUUUUUGAUGAUGACUUAGAAGACAAUGCCCUUGCUGAUUCAGGUAAAGGCGCUAAGGGAGCACCCAAAGACAAAACAAAUGUAAAAAAGUCAUCGGUGUCCAAGCCAAAUAAUAUCAAGUCCAUGUUUAUGGCCAGUGCUGUGAAAAAGACAACAGAUGCUGUUCCUAUAACACCACCACCAGUAAUUACACUAAAGAAGAAGAAACUUGCAGGAUCUCCUUUAAACCCUUUCUCAGUACCACCUACAGCCCCAAAGGUUUUACCUACAAGUGUGAAAAGAUUACCAGCUGUAACCAAGCCUGGGCAUCCUGCUGCACAAUCAAAGGCUUCUGUACCCCGGCAAAUAAAGAAAGAGCCUAAGGCUGAGUUGAUUUCUUCUGCUGUUGGUCCUUUGAAAGUGGAAGCUCAAGUAAAAGAAGAGGAUUCGGGAAUGGUUGAGUUUGAUGAUGGAGAUUUUGAUGAACCCAUGGAAGAAGAUGUGGAAAUAACUCCAGUUGAUUCUAGCACAAUCAAGACACAAGCACAAAGCAUUAAGUGUGUGAAAGAGGAAAAUAUUAAAGAGGAAAAAAGUUCAUUCAUAACUUCUGCUACUUUAAAUGAGUCUUGUUGGGAUCAAAUUGAUGAGGCUGAACCAAUGACCACUGAAAUUCAGGUAGAUUCAAGCCACCUACCCUUGGUUACUGGUGCAGACGGGAGUCAAGUUUUUAGGUUUUAUUGGCUAGAUGCCUAUGAAGACCAGUACAGUCAGCCAGGAGUAGUCUAUUUGUUUGGAAAAGUUUGGAUCGAGUCAGCUGAUGCAUAUGUCAGCUGCUGUGUUAGUGUGAAGAACAUUGAGAGGACCGUAUAUCUUCUACCUCGUGAAAAUAGAGUGCAGCUUUCAACAGGAAAAGACACUGGAGCACCAGUUUCUAUGAUGCAUGUAUAUCAGGAGUUUAAUGAGGCUGUUGCAGAAAAGUACAAAAUCAUGAAGUUUAAAUCCAAGAAAGUUGAUAAGGAUUACGCUUUUGAAAUACCUGAUGUUCCAGCAAGCUCUGAAUAUCUGGAGGUUCGAUAUUCUGCGGACUCACCCCAACUUCCUCAGGAUCUAAAAGGAGAAACAUUUUCACAUGUUUUUGGAACAAAUACUUCAAGCUUGGAGCUUUUCUUGCUUAGCAGAAAAAUAAAAGGGCCCAGCUGGCUGGAGAUAAAAAGCCCACAACUGUCCAGUCAGCCCAUGAGCUGGUGCAAGGUUGAGGCAGUGGUGACGAGGCCUGACCAAGUGAGCGUUGUGAAGGAUCUCGCACCUCCUCCUGUCGUUGUUUUAUCUCUCAGUAUGAAGACCGUGCAGAAUGCAAAGACUCACCAAAAUGAGAUUGUGGCAAUAGCUGCUUUGGUUCAUCACACAUUUCCUCUUGAUAAGGCACCACCCCAGCCACCUUUCCAAACUCAUUUUUGUGUUCUGAGCAAACUUAAUGACUGCAUUUUCCCAUAUGACUACAAUGAAGCAGUGAAACAAAAGAAUGCCAAUAUUGAGAUUGCGUUAACUGAACGAACUCUACUUGGGUUUUUCCUAGCAAAAAUUCAUAAAAUUGAUCCAGAUGUUAUUGUAGGCCAUGACAUUUAUGGUUUUGAUCUUGAAGUGCUGCUUCAAAGGAUUAACUCAUGCAAGGUUCCAUUCUGGUCCAAAAUUGGGAGACUGAGAAGAUCUGUUAUGCCAAAACUUGGGGGUCGAAGUGGCUUUGCAGAAAGAAAUGCAGCUUGUGGACGCAUAAUUUGUGAUAUUGAGAUUUCUGCCAAGGAGUUAAUUCGCUGUAAAAGCUAUCAUUUGUCUGAAUUGGUACAUCAGAUACUGAAAGCAGAGAGAGUUGUAAUCCCACCUGAAAACAUCCGCAAUGCAUAUAAUGAUUCAGUACAUCUUCUGUACAUGCUGGAGAACACCUGGAUUGAUGCAAAAUUCAUCCUUCAGAUCAUGUGUGAGCUGAAUGUUCUUCCCCUGGCCUUACAAAUCACAAAUAUUGCAGGCAAUGUCAUGUCAAGGACAUUAAUGGGUGGACGCUCAGAAAGAAACGAGUACCUACUGCUUCACGCCUUCACAGAAAAUAACUUCAUAGUGCCAGACAAACCAGUGUUCAAGAAAAUGCAGCAGACCACUGUGGAGGACAAUGAUGAUAUGGGCACGGAUCAAAAUAAAAAUAAGAGUCGAAAGAAAGCUGCCUAUGCUGGAGGGUUGGUCCUGGAACCCAAAGUGGGUUUCUAUGACAAAUUCAUCUUGCUUCUCGAUUUCAACAGUUUGUACCCCUCCAUCAUUCAGGAAUACAAUAUCUGCUUUACUACAGUGCACAGAGAGGCUCCCUCAACACAGAAAGGUGAAGAUCAGGACGAAAUUCCAGAGCUACCUCAUUCCGAUCUUGAAAUGGGGAUCUUGCCUCGAGAGAUACGGAAACUGGUGGAGAGGAGGCGUCACGUGAAGCAGUUAAUGAAGCAGCCUGACCUAAACCCUGAUUUAUACUUGCAGUAUGACAUCAGACAAAAAGCUCUGAAGCUCACAGCAAAUAGCAUGUACGGAUGCCUGGGCUUUUCCUACAGCAGGUUUUAUGCCAAACCUUUGGCUGCGUUGGUUACUCACCAAGGGAGAGAGAUUUUGCUGCAUACCAAGGAAAUGGUACAAAAGAUGAAUCUGGAAGUCAUAUAUGGAGACACCGAUUCUAUCAUGAUAAACACUAAUUGUAAUAAUUUAGAAGAAGUCUUCAAGCUCGGAAACCGGGUAAAAAGUGAGAUAAACAAAUCAUACAAGCUGUUGGAGAUUGACAUUGAUGGUAUCUUUAAAUCUCUCUUGCUACUGAAGAAAAAGAAGUAUGCCGCUCUUACAGUGGAGCCCACAGGUGAUGGAAAGUAUGUUACUAAGCAGGAGCUUAAAGGUCUUGAUAUUGUCAGAAGAGACUGGUGCGAGCUUGCUAAACAAGCUGGAAAUUAUGUUAUUAGUCAGAUUCUCUCUGACCAGCCGCGUGAUAGUAUUGUUGAAAACAUUCAGAAGAAAUUAACUGAAAUUGGGGAAAAUGUAACAAAUGGAACUGUGCCCAUCACCCAGUAUGAAAUCAAUAAGGCAUUGACAAAGGAUCCUCAGGAUUACCCUGAUAAAAAAAGCUUACCCCAUGUACAUGUUGCCUUGUGGAUAAAUUCCCAAGGUGGAAGAAAGGUGAAAGCUGGCGAUACAAUAUCCUAUGUCAUUUGUCAGGACGGAUCAAAUCUUAGUGCGAGUCAGAGAGCAUAUGCCCAAGAGCAGCUGCAAAAACAAGAGAACCUUUCCAUUGACACACAAUACUACCUGUCACAGCAAGUCCACCCAGUAGUGGCUCGGAUCUGUGAGCCCAUUGAUGGAAUUGAUUCUGCACUAAUUGCAAUGUGGUUAGGACUUGACCCUUCCCAGUUCCGGGCUCACCGGCACUACCAGCAGGACGAGGAAAAUGAUGCAUUGCUGGGAGGUCCUUCCCAACUCACAGAUGAGGAAAAAUACAGAGACUGUGAACGGUUCAAAUUCUUCUGCCCAAAGUGUGGAACGGAGAACAUUUAUGACAAUGUUUUUGAUGGCUCUGGACUGCAGAUUGAACCGGGCUUGAAGCGCUGCAGUAAACCAGAGUGUGAUGCUUCUCCCUUGGACUAUGUUAUUCAGGUUCACAACAAGCUGCUCCUGGACAUAAGACGAUACAUAAAGAAAUACUACAGUGGUUGGCUGGUUUGUGAAGAAAAAACCUGCCAGAACAGAACACGGCGUCUUCCACUAAGUUUCUCCCGCAAUGGGCCAAUAUGCCAAGCUUGUUCUAAAGCAACCCUUAGAUCAGAGUAUCCAGAAAAGGCCUUGUACACUCAGCUUUGUUUCUAUCGAUUUAUUUUUGACUGGGAUUAUGCACUGGAGAAAGUCGUGUCUGAACAAGAGAGAGGUCACUUAAAAAAGAAGCUUUUUCAAGAAUCUGAAAACCAGUACAAGAAGUUAAAGAGCACCGUUGACCAAGUACUUUCCCGGAGCGGAUAUUCAGAAGUGAACCUCAGCAAGCUGUUCCAGACACUCAACACCAUUAAAUAACCAGCAGAUUUACUGAAUAAUGUCCUCUAUUAGAGGUUUGUUUGUUUUGCUUUGUUCAACAGCUUCUGUUGGAUUGUAGACAAAAAAUAUAUUUUUCUCCUAAUAGUGUAAUGAAAUUGUGAUUCCCUGCCAAGGAUUUUCCAUCAAGGAUUAAGAGACACAAGGAUUACGAGUGUAUGUGAUCCAUAGUGUUUUGGUAUAUGUAGUUAAGGUGCUUUGUAAGAAAAGUCCAGCUCAGUAGGACAACUGUUUCUUUUCAGUUCAUCUGAUUCACAUCACAAUCUUGCUGGUUUACAAGAAAAUGGAACUAAAAUAUAAUCAAAAAAGAAAAUCUUUCAUGGCUUAAAUUGCUGAAAUUGCCAUUCUCUCUAUUGUCUGCUGUAAAAACUCUUUUUAUU